CCAAUACAGUGUGCAGAGUAAACCUUUAGGCUGUCGACUCUAUUUUUGGCUCCGUCCAUUUUCUUAAUUUUUUUUUUUUUUUUUUUUUUUUUUUUAAUUUUUCUUUUUUAAACUUUCUGCCUUGGGAGUGCGGGUUGAAGCGCCUGCUUGGGCCUGGGGAGAGAGGGACAGCCGUUGGUGGGCAUCCAUAGACACACCUGAGUGCCGCGAGCACCAAGAAAAAAAAACGCCCCUCAUCAUCUUGACUUUUGGCCAUUCGCAUCUGCAGACAAAUAUGGGUGUGGUUCACGCUUGGAGCCUUCCAUUCAGGGUCUGAUAGUGCCGUCUCUGCACUACAGGCCACAGCUGUCAAACAAAUUCCUUUUGGGAAAUCAUCCCCCUGAUUGUUCUCGCCUUCAUCCCAUGAAGUGUGUUUCUCCUCUCCCGCAUCCCUGAGUUGGUUUGCAUCCAUAUAUGCCUCUGACAGUCUCAAAUCGCACGUGCUAACUCGCCCUGGCGAGUGCUGUGAAUCCGGCCCCCAAAUCCAUGCGGGACGGCUCAGCCAGUUGCCCGGACCUGCUACUACGAGACACAGCGCCUCCAGACACGCCAACGUCGAAUUUUGACUCCAACCGGGCACGCAGCAGUGUACCCUCUGAAACUUCUAGCCUUUCUGACAGUGUCCAUUCAAACCUAUUCCUCAAGGCCAAGGGUGGCCCGAGCAAGCUUCGCCGCUUUAUGAAGCAGGCUCGGAACUUUCGCCGUAUUGCAGCUACCAAAAUGUCGGAAGCGCGUUUCCCACAGACCCUUGGUAAGCGGGAACGUUCUGCAGAUAGCAGAUCGUCCGUCAAUGGAGGCUCCGUCGCAGCCCUGGAUGUGAGCAGCAGGGAAAGCAGCGUCGAAAGAGGCGCCACGCCCACAGUCCCCGCAUUCUUGACGCAGUCCUACUCAGAGCUACGGUCAAAGUUCGAAGAACUCGAAUGGAUCCAAAGAAGCCGGAUCUCAGCUGGACUUCUGGCCGGAGAUCCUUCGCAUAAAUGGGCGUUGGAGUCCAGCCCUAUGGUCAAGGAGAGAAGCCGCUAUGCAAACGUCCAGGCUUGGGCCAAUUCUCGAAUUCACCUAAAAGUUCCGCCCGGAGAAUGCGACUUUAUCAAUGCUUCCCCAAUUGAGCUAAAGGAUACCCAGUCCCAAGAAGUUGUUCGCUAUAUUGCAACUCAGGGUCCGAAGGAAGGUCACUUGGCACAUUUCUGGAACAUGAUUUUUCAUGAGACGGGGGAAGUGGCGGUAGUUGUAAUGCUCACCCAAACCUUCGAAGCCGGCAGAGAGAAAUGCGCACAAUACUUCCCGCUAGAUAUGGAGGUUCCCACUUUCCAUUUCUCUUCUGUUGACUCAGAUCCUUUUGUUGACCACAAAGAAGACGAUACUACAUCCGACCAUCCUUCUGGGUCAAUUUCACUUUUGGAGUGCUCCUACGACGAGUCAUGCUGCUCUGAAGUUCGCAAGCUCAAGCUAGAACUCGGUUCAGAAUCCAAACUUGUUUGGCAUUUCCUGUUUGCCGGUUGGUCCGAUUAUGCGAAGCCAGAGGGCCACUACCGCGAUGCGCUAAUUGAAUUGACGAAAAUAACCGCCGACAAGGCGAGAUCCCGUGACAACCCGAGAAUCGUCCAUUGUAGCGCUGGUGUUGGAAGAACUGGCACCUUUAUCGCCCUUGAUCACCUUCUAAGGGAAUUACGGAACGGGCAUCUGCUAAAUGUGGCCGAUGACACUGUCGACACCGUCUUUGAUACGGUAAAUCAACUCCGAGAACAGCGAAUGAUGAUGGUAUAUAAUGAUAUACAAUAUCAAUUUAUAUACGACGUCGUAAAGGAACAGGCCCAUGCUCUCCUUGGAGACAAGGGUGUGACUGGUACUUCCGAUGCUGAAGGAAAGGAUACCACGAAGGACGAAGAAGAUACUCCCACAGAAACGAACACCAAGGGAGAGCUGGAACCCAUUGUUGAUUAAUUGGUCUCCUUACUGUCGAGGGCUGUGGAAACGAUGAGAUCGCCCGCUGGAGCUGAUCUGAACCACCUGAAGCGGAAUCCCUACUAAUCGGGAAUUUUGGCCAGACCGUCCUUGUUUUUCAUUACCCAGUUUGUAUUAAUUUUUGAUUCAUAUGUUUUGGGAGACCUUUGUGUAAAGUUAUUGGCAUGCAUACCUGCGUUGGACCGGGACAAUAACCAGGCAUUUUUCUUUCAAGUCUUGUUUUUCAGUCUCUUUGCAUAAAACAGUUUAUCAUUCAUGGCCUAUAAUUUCAUUGUUACCACAUUCCAAUCAUUGGUAUAAAAGUAGUAAAUAAAAUUCCUACGGAGUACAGAGUACCACAUUUUCCUGUUUUGUGAGCUGUCUUGGAGAACAACCUGACCAUGUUGCUUUCAUCCUAUGUAUGUACUUCCUCAUGUUUUCCAGUGACUACAAUGGGACAAAGCAGAAUAUAUAACUAAUAU